GUCCAUCUCUGCCAGCGGGCUCAACGCAGCUCUGGCUCACUACAGCCCCUCCAACGGGAGCAGCCGGACGCUGUCUGUGAGGGAGAUGUACCUCUUUGACACCGGUGGGCAAUACCUGGAUGGGACAACAGACAUCACUCGUACAGUGCACUGGGGCGAGCCCACCCCGCUCCAGAAGGAAGCGUACACCCGUGUGCUGAUGGGCAACAUCGACCUCUCCCGCCUCGUCUUCCCAUCCAGCACAGCAGGGAGAACGGUGGAGGCCUUCGCCCGCCGGGCACUCUGGGACGUUGGACUCAACUACGGCCAUGGGACCGGCCAUGGCAUCGGCAACUUCCUCUCAGUCCACGAGUGGCCUGUGGGUUUCCAGUCCAACAACGUGCCGCUGGAGGCCGGCAUGUUCACUUCCAUUGAGCCAGGGUAUUACCAGGAUGGCGAGUUCGGGAUCCGCAUUGAGGACGUCGCUGUUGUGGUGGAGGCACAGACUGAG